CGAAUUUAUUCUAUUAUUUGGAACAAGUAUACUUAACCUAAGGUACUAGUUACUACAUUUGUACUAUAGUAGAUGUCGCAUUAAUCGAUUUGUAUAGUUCUCAACAGUGCCGUUUGUGCGCCAGUCAUCGUUAUUCUUUUUUAUUCAUUUAUUAUUGUUCGGAUGAAAUGUUUGCUGUGUGUGCCGGUGUUUUGUAGAAGUUUGGGAGAAGUUGAUCCAUGCAGAAUUACGCGAUGGCUGUUCGGGCCUUUCUAGGGAACUGGGAGAUAUCCUCGUUUACUUUGAAUAAUGAAGUGCAGUCAAAUGACUCCGGUCUGGAAGGAGUCAAAUUUCAUUUAGAUGAUACCGGUGAUGUUACUUGGUACAUCAAAGAAGAGUUGAAGAGUAUUCCACUCUUUAGUUGUGAGACAUAUGAACUGUACAACACGUCAAGUGGAACUUCACUAGUUGUAAUAUUAAGGUUCGGAGCCUAUGCGGGUCAUGUAUUGGAGUUUAAAUGCGACCAAAGUACUGCUGAGCAACUGUGGAUUGCUUUGAGGAAAGGAAAACCAAUCAACAAAAUGACUUUAAUAUGUGAAGGGUGGUGUGUGCUUGAUUGCAAAAGGAUUGCAGAUAUUUGUACUGAUGAUGGUACCAAUAGACCAUUUUCACUCCUUCAAGCCUUAGAAGAAGGUUACUUUUCUGAUUUAACUUUAACAGCUGCAAAUUUGAAGCAGUUUAAGGUGCACAGAUGUAUAUUACGUCUGUUGGGAGGAGGUAUUAACUGGGAUACAGUUGCACCUCCUUUUAAUGGAUUGAGCGAGAUCGUAAUAUCAACAAUAUUACACUUUCUGUACUCGGAGAGUUUACCAAAUGUAUUGGACGAGAUAACUGCACAUGAAGUUAUUCAACUGACUUCUCCAUAUGUGUGUUUAAAAAAAUUAGUGGACACCUGUAGGAUGUAUCUUAAGAAUACUGCAUUGAAACAACAAAUCAUCAACUUGGUUAACGAUAUGCAUACGGCUAUCCAACAGGUAAUUGGACAUUUUAGUACACAGUCCCGAAAUUUUAAUCCUGCUAGCUUGUGCUAUGCAAUCAAACAGUCCAUUCGAGAGGGUUGCGUUGCCGCAUCAAAACUACUGCUACUUUGCGAUUUAUUCACAAAAAGGAAGAAUGAGUUGACAAGAAGCGAGAGACACGAAAUUAUAAUUUACGCAAAAUCGCGUUUACCUAUUUUCGUGUCGCAACUUUUAAAAUUCCUCCAAGUGUUUAAGUGCACUUUCAGCGCCAUGACAUCUCUACAGAGGCUGGAGGUCUGUAGUUAUCUAGUGCCCGAGAUUGAAGUUAUCUUAGAAACGAUAUCGAUGAUAAUAAUAGAAAUCAAAAAAUCACUACAGAAAAUUAUUGAAGAUACGCCGCCACAUGAAUUGCUUAGACCUAAAAUGUGCGUAGGAGCUAUACUUGGCAAAACAUUGAGUAAUGUUCUUCAUGUUAGAGAAAUUACCAAGCUCAGGAAUAUACAUGAACAGAUAUCUUGCACUUUAGAGCUUUUGCUUGGAAAGAAGCAAUGCUUCCGCAGCAUGACUCAGCAACAAAAGAUCCGCUCUGUAUCCCGAAAUCUGCAUCAAAUUCUAGAAGAACUACCUAUAUUCUUAAUACGAAUCGAAGAAAUCUCUAAGGCUUUGGACGAUCGUGUCGAAUGGAAAGAAUUCAAGUUCUGCUUUAAAGUAGGGACCAGCAAAGUAUCUGGUAUUUUGCAAAAAUUGGUUGCCCACCGAGAGACACUUCAACCUGUGUUAUUGCGAGUCUGUGAAAUGGUUCAAAGGGAGGCUUUCACCCAAUCACUACAAAUUUUGAACCUGUUGUGUACAGCAAGUACUUCACACAUGAGCAACCCUCAGCCAUCUUCCAGCUUUAACUUGGCUUACGUUCUCAAUCAUCCAGUGCCUAAGUUAAAUCUUGUCGAGUCAUUGUGUAUUCCGCCUAUUUCAUCGGCGAGUAAAUUGUCGAAGUUGUGCCUGGAAUUGCUAACUAGCGAAUUUGGAUGCGAUAUGGAGUUCGAAGUUGUUUAUAAUAGUUCGCAAUCAGACCAAACCCUUAGAGAACAUGCACAGGGUGUUUCAACGUCUGCUGACGACGAAAGAACAAUUAUCAGAGCACAUCGAGUAAUCGUUGCAACCAGGUGUGACUGGUUCAGAAGAGCACUUCUGUCAGGAAUGAGAGAAGCUAUAGACAAAAAAAUUAUCAUUCACGAUACUAACCCAUUUCUGUUUCGGGUAUUUCUCGAAUAUUUAUACUGUGGGAAGAUUAUUAAUCCAGCAUUAAAUACUGACCAUCUUAUGGAACUUCUGCUUUUAAGCGACAGGUAUGAAUUAGAUUCACUAAAGCAUAUCUGUGAAAAUACCCUCAAGCAAUCUUUGGAUAUGGAAAACGCUAUCUACUAUGUUAGCAUGGCCGACCAGUUCAACGCACCAGUUUUAAAGAAUGCUUCGCUAGUGUAUAUAUCGCAAAAUCGCGAUUUAGCCGAGUCCGAAGUGUUUCACGAGUUAACCACUCCUCUCCGAACUGAGAUCUAUAACUUCAUGUACAGAAAUACAGAUCGAACGGCACAGUCCUGCAGCAGUUCCAUGGAAGACCUUCCUGCUCCUGAUCCUGUGCGUCUUGAACAAUGCAUACAACAAAUGCGUGACAUUUUGGACAUCUCAGUGUCCAGGGAAAGAUUAAUUCAGGUGAUCUUGGCCGCCGACUAUGAUCUUUGUAGGGCGAUGAACUACUACUACGCGAGGGCAGAAGAGGAUGAGUAGCAAAAUGUUAUGUGAGUCCAACUUGGUAGAUUGUUUCAUUCCUCGUUGCCUGAUUAUUCAGAAACUGAAAUAACUUGCUUCGUAAAUUUAAACAUCAAUACUUUUCCACAAUUUUAUUUCACGAAGGUUCUUCUAACACGCCGAGGACCUAUAGUUUCGUUUUUUUUUAAUACUAUAUAGUAUUUUUUUAUAUUAACUCUGCCUAUUUAUUUUUAUUUUGGAUGCGUGAAGUUCCUGCGCCUUGUCACAUAUCAAACAAUAAGUUUACACAAUUUUAAUAAUUUAUUGAUAUAUGUGUUGCAAUAUUUUAAAAUGCCAUUCCUAUAUAAUAUAUUAUUCCAAGAAUUAUUUUACGCAGUGAUAGACGUCAUCCAACGAAAUAGGCUGCGAUAUUUGUAUUAUUUUUUUUUUCUUUAAUUUUGCAAAGAAAUUUUUAUUUUAUUUUAUUUAUUAAUCGCUGGUCCUUUAAUAAGCGAAACCUAAAUUUAAUAUAAAAGACUGCUAAAUCAAUAAUUUUGAUUAUUAUGAUCUUGUUCGUCUAAUUAGAAAAUUUGAAUAGUAUGGCCUAAUAGCUAUUAAGGCAUUAAUUGGACGAAUCAAUUUUAACAUACUUGUACCUACUAUUUAGAAUAUUCUGAACAACAGAAAUUGAAAUUAUAUAUUUUAAUUUUUCAAAGCUUUAAAAUUAUCGUGAUAACAAUACAAUUGUAAGGAUUUAACAUAUACAUUUACUGAUUAUUAUAUUUAAUAUUAUAACUCCCAUUUGUUGUUUAAUAUAAAGAAAAAAAUCAUGUAACACCAUUGGGAAAUCUAGAAUACAAUCAAUAUUGUCUCAACGAAAACAAACGAAUAUUGUAUUUUGAGCAAUACAUAUUGUAACAAUCAAAGAAACAUAUUCUAUUCCCGAUGUAUGUACGUUUUAUUAUAUUAUAGUAUUUUGUAUAUUAUUAUUAAAUAUAUGAAUUCUAGUCAAAUUUAUAUUAGCGUGUAAUAAGUAGUCAAGAAAGCAAACAUAAUUGUAAAAAAAAGUACUAAUAUUAUUAUGUAAUUUAUACUGACAGAACCGAAUUGCAUACAGGGUUUGCUAAAUAUACUAAGAUUUUUCGGUUGUGUAAACGAAAAUAUUUUUUUAGACGAUUUUUAUUUUCUAGACCAGAUCUCUAUUUUUGAUAUUAGCCCAAAUUUUAUUUACUUUAGAGUUUAAAUUGCCUUUUUUUAAAAUAAGUGAGCCAAAUUGUUCUAUUGUACUUUCAAUUAAGGCAUCAAAUCCUGUGUGCAUGAAAACUUUAAAAAAAUAAUUAAAUGAGUUAUAUCUCGUUUAAAAAAAAGGAGUAUACAUAUAUUCACAUUUAGAUGUGGGCAUAAAAAACUUACAUAAGAGAUUAUUGUAUAUGUAUACAUGAUUACUGUUAGCACACUGUUUUAUUUGUAUUAUUUGAAGUUUUAUCUAGACUGUUGAGUGUUUUGUUAAAAGUUGAAAAGCAUAUUCCAUUUUAUUUAGUAUUACUAUCUUAC